AUGUCCUUACUUCUCUCUGGGUUGCUCAUCUCCUCCCUCAUCUUCGGCGCAGCUCUCUCAAUCAUGUUUUUCAAGCGUAAAUGGGACCCGCGCGGCCUACAUUGCUUUGUCACAGGUGGUUCAGCUGGAUUGGGCCUCUCCUUGGCCGUCGCUUUGACCAAGAAGGGCGCCGACGUUUCCAUCGUUGCUCGGAAUGAAGACCGUCUGAGAGCAGCAUUGGACCAAUUGGAGGCCGUUCGGCAGACACCCAACCAGAUUCUCAAGUCUUACUCCUUCUCUGUCGACGACGCUUCAAACGCUGCAGCAGCCUUGGAGGCGGCCUGCGAACCGCAUGGCGGCCGCUGCCCUGACGCGAUGUUCCUAUGUGCUGGGAAAUCUAGACCUGGCUUCUUCGUGGAGCAGGACGAAGAAUCGUUGCGGCGAGGUAUGGACGAAAGUUACUGGGCGCAAGCGUGGUCAGCGUUGGCAGCAGCCAAGAGGUUGGUCCGUCAUCACGCGAAAGGAAAGAUCGUAUUUGUAUCGUCUUUCCUCGGCUAUAUGUCGCUCGUAGGAUAUUCCACGUAUUCACCAGGCAAAUUCGCUAUUCGAGGUCUUGCCGAGUCUCUCCAGUCAGAACUCAUGUUGUAUGACGUCGACGUGCACAUAUGUUUCCCCGGGACCAUUCGAACUCCAGGCUUCGAAGAGGAAAACAAAAUCAAGCCGAAGGUCACGCUCAAGCUCGAGGAGAGUGAUCCUGGGGCAGAUCCAGACGUGGUUGCCGAAGGGCUUCUCCGAGGCGUGCAGAAGGGUUACUUUCACAUAACAUACGACAUCCUGGGAAACAUCUUCCGAGCGUCAACAUGUGGAUCCUCACCACGCAACAACGCCCUAGACUUGCUGUGGGGAUUCAUCGGAUUCAUUGCCUUGCCAAUCUGGCGAUACACCGUGGACAGCGCGGUUCGGGAACAUCGCAAGGAGCACGAAGCCUACCUGGCUGAUCUCGGAUUUUUCACGAGUGAAACGCCGGAGGGUGCGAAACCCGUGGCUCUGAAAACUGCAUCGUAA